ACGCGACUUGUCACUCCAAGUCGCGACGCCUGGCCAGGCUCGAACUUGAAGCAACCGUGCAAGCUGUGGCCAUUUGUUCUUUCCUCGCUACCCUGCUCUGCACCAUAUCCUAUCUCGGCAUUGCUCAGUCUGUCGUAGACUACUUGGCUUCAUUCACUGCGCAUCCAGUGCCUCUGCGCCGACUGGGUACACUUGACGGGCGGAAGUUCUCAGGUACAAAGGGUAUCUAGAUCUGCAUGGAGAAUAUCCAACACGAAAUGCAGAGAAGAGGUACCAACCUGCACUCGGACACAUCCGACGACGUACGGCGGAAGGCGAGAUCUAUGCGCCCUAACGGCCAAGGUUUUUUGGGCAUUGAAAGCGACUUCGGAAGACCUUCAAAAUCGAAGCAGGGUCCGCCCGGACCCGGCGGGUCUCGCAGCAACGGGAUACCCACUACCAAGGCCUCCUCGCAUGAUAUCGUAGACUCGGAUUCCUCUAAUAGCGACGAAUUGAACUGCCUGACCCGGGGCUCACAGAAGCGUUGCACUCGCGGCGGAGCGCCGGAACGCAGUGCUCGCAUGGGCAAGCAUGAAACACAUGCAGAAGACGGUGCCAUCGUGCAAGGUCAGCAUCACACAUAUCACCCGAACUACCGUCCCAAGCAGAAACUACCCAACUUCAAGAAGAAGAACAGGGAACCUGCGAAUAAUGAAUCGCUUCCGGCCUCUCAGUCUAGUCUUGGCUCCACAUCGUCCACGAAAGCUACAGUCGGCCGCGGCGAAAAACCAGUUUCUCCACCAGAGUCGUACCGUGUUCCUUCUCCGCAACCGCGAGCGGCCCCUUCACGUAUAUCAGAAGCAGUAUAUGCUGCGACCAGCGGAGCGAAAGAAAUAUCGAAAUCCGCUGUGGUGAGCAUGUCGGGUGCCCCUACCGGAACGAGGGGUAGACAUCCGCCGUUGCAUGAAGUGAACGCAAACCGCGGCCACCGUCCAGAUCCUGUGGAUGUCGAAGUUGUGGAUACCAUUGGCCAAAGAACCCCCCGCCCUUCCGGGUCCCAGCGGCCUAGACCGAGGCCUGCAUACAAGGGAGCGGGUGCUUCUACGAGACCGCGAAGAUCCCAGGACGUCAUCGACAUCGACUCGGACCACGAAGAGACCCGCAGUCGAGAACCUCUGCGUCCAGCCAGGCGCCGCAAACCUUCGCCAGCGUCGGGAUGCGAAGACGAGAAUACGUCGGGAAGGAAGACCGGCGAGAGGACCAGAGCGAAAGGCAAAGGGAGGGAGAGAGAGUCGAUGAACCCUAUCGAACAGCUCUCGCCUUUACGUCCACAGAGGCAGGACGACUCAGACGAGGAUGGCCUACGACCUGUCUACAAGGGCAAGACCAGGGAGAAGAAGAGCGGCGCGAAAUCACUGCAACCCGCGGGCUUCCCUGAGGUGCCCCCACUUUCGUCUCAGACAUCUCAGCAGGGUUCGAAGGCAGGAGAGUCGGAAGACUUUCCCAUGCCCUCACCCUUGUCCUCCCAGAAGUCUCAGAUAUCCAGAACGGGAAGCCGCAUUGAUGACUUCCCGAUGCCUUCACCGCUCUCGUCCCCUCCGGACAAAGGUGGCUCCCGACCUCGGGGCAAGGGCAAGAAAGUCAAGUCAUCUUCGCAAGGGACUCGUGUACAUAGGGGCGCGGUGAUGUCGUGUUCCGAAAGUAGCGCUGGUGAAGACAUCGAGGAGGACCGGCCACUGCGGCCGUUUCCGAUGCAGACGCAACUUCUCGAGACUAUUGGUCGCUCACCCCCGAAGCGUCCGGACGAUUGGAACAGCGACAUCGAAAUGGACGAUGCUAGGCGGGCACGCAAGAAGCGGAAGGCUGAUCCUAACGAGAUACUGGCUGAGAUCUUACGUGGCGACGAGGGAUCUGACUUCGACGAAGACGACAUGGCACUGCUCGGAGGAGACGUCGACCCCAAUACGCUCUGCCCCUGGUGUGACGAACGUCUACCCCCUGCGCCUUCACCCCAUCUCGAGUCCCUGAUCGCUGCAGCCCGCCGUUCCUCCACGCGCGACCCCCGCCCUGUGAACGCGCUCGGCUUGCGUGCGCCCGUAGGCACGUUCGUGAGCGUUUGCCAGCGCCACCGGUUCGAGAGUCAUCAGAUACCCAAGGCGCAGGCUCGCGGCUGGCCCACGAAGAUUGACUGGGACAGUGUCGCGCCGCGUGUAAAGGCGCUCAGGGCGAAGCUGCAGGAGAUCAUCGACGACGUCGAUGAGGACUUCCUGCCCGGAGCACACAGGGCGGAUGACGCUGGCGACGACGAUGUCGCUAGGUGGUCGGACAGGCCAAGGAAGGGCAGUACCUUCUGGCGGGAUGUCGUGAAGAGCGUACGGAAGAGCGGGUCGAGGAAGACAGCCGGCGUCGCCGGUCAGCUCGCGAACUUUAGCAAGACGCAACCUGGCUACUACGGCGAACUGGGAUACGUAAUCAUCCACCAGACGAUGUACGACAUGUUCCCGCCCGCGUCCUUUCCUCCAGAGUCCACCCUCCCCUUGAAUUCGACCGACUUCAUCCAGCUCAUCCUCAUUCCCGAGGCCGUCGUCUCCCUAAUUAUGGAGGACAUGUACCAGACGCGGGAAGAGGCAAUCGAGACGCUGCGCGACAGCGCCGAGUACGGCGUCGCGAUGUUCCCGGACGACCAAGCCGAGGGCGCGGACGCGGUCGAUCAGGGCGAGCGGAUCAUCAUGAGACGUGCAGAAGCUCGGCGGCGCGAGCUCGCCGUAGAGGAUCGUCUGGAGAAAGAGAUGCUACAGACAUCAUCGCAGGGUGUCGAACCAUUGAACGGUCGCCCGAAGCCUAGACGUAGGGCGAAACAACCCGAGGCGGCGGCUACUGAACCUGACAGUGAGAAGAGCGACGUUGAAGUUGGACCUGUCAGACCCUCGAAGAAGGGCAAGGAAAGGGGUAUGCAAAGUCGGGAUCACACUGACUGCGAGGCCAGCGCAGUGGACGAUGGACAUGACGCCGGAAGACGGAUGACGCGCUCUCAGUCUCGAGCGCGCAGCAUCCAGGCAAACUCUGACAUCGAGAUGGACGUGUCGGAUAAUGCGCCCUCUACGAGCAAGCCACUUUCCAGGCCCAAGCCGAAGCCGAGAAGAAAGCGACCCGAGGACUCGCAUGCCAGAUUGACGACAGACGAUUUAGAUCUUGGAGAGCUCGAGAUGGACGGAGUACUCCCGCCCUCGGUCCCACAGCCGAUCCCAGAGGUGCACUGGGACGCGAAGGGUCACGCGCAUCUAAGCAGGGCCGGGUCGAUGGUCGACGAGGAUCCUACACCGAGGGCUAGCAAGAUAUCGCGUCCGACUGACCGGGCGUCGAAAGAGACCAGUAUCCCACCGCUGCAGAGAGCACGGGACAGGCGAGCGAAGACCCCGGGAGAGAAGUCGCGCACCACGCUAGACGACAGUCGUUCCGGCCAGACGACGGGUGCCUCGUCACCUGUGGCCAGCGGGUAUCGAAGGUCCACGUCCUCCGCUCGAUACCGUGACGAACCAAGGUCGGCCCAAGCAGAAGGCGAUUAUGAUUGGCUCCUAUCCGAGUCGCCAUAGUGUAGUUCGUACUUGGGCAGAUGACACGGGGUUGGUAUACCGAGAGCCAGGAAGUACCUUACUACUUUCACUGCAUAUGUGCUACUGUACCGCUACUAUAUUGAUACUAGAAUACACACUGUGCUUAGUGCAUAUAUACCUCCGUUCCGUCUAAGUAGUCUAUUCAUGAAACUUUGCCGUGGCUUGUGUAAUGCGUGUACUGCGAGUGUCUUCCGAUAAGUGCUUCUUAUAUAAGACGCAAUCAAACCUCGCAAUUCC